GUGGAUGUGAUGCCCACCCGGAGAGAGAUGGUGUAAACAAACCCGCUUUGCCCCGUCACUGAGCUCCACCACGGAGGUUGCUUGCCACGAUGUUGAGCCGUCUGUUCAGCGAGGUCCUGCCGGACGUCCAGAGGCUCGCAGCUGACUGGGUGGCGGACAAUGAGAACGACGAGUGCAAGGACAAGGACGGAGAGCACGAGCCUUGUCACCUUGACGACGACGACGACGACGACUUGGACGAGCCACUGGAAGGCAGCAGUCGAGCUGAGUCUGAGAUGGCCGGCGACGAUGAUGAGGAUGAUGAGGCUGAGGAAGGGGAGUGCGACGGUGAGAACAGUGGAGACAAACCCAAGAAACGCGGCCCAAAGAAACGCAAAAUGACAGCGGCGCGCGUGGAGCGCUCCAAGGUGCGUCGAAUGAAGGCAAAUGCGCGGGAGCGCACGCGCAUGCACGACUUGAAUUCUGCGCUGGACAAUCUGCGCAAAGUGGUGCCAUGCUACUCCAAAACCCAAAAGCUCUCCAAGAUAGAGACUCUGAGGCUCGCCAAGAAUUAUAUAUUAGCCCUUGGGGAGAUUUUACGCAAUGGGAAACGGCCAGAUGUGGUGGCUUACGUGCAGAUGUUGUGUAAAGGCCUGUCCCAACCCACUACCAACCUGGUGGCAGGCUGUCUGCAGCUCAAUACCAGAAACUUCCUGACUGAACCGUGCUCAGAUGGAGCCCGCUUCCACAUGCCCAGCUCUCCUUUCUCCGUCCAUCCCUACUCCUACCGGUGUUCUCGCAUUUCCAGUCCUCAUUACCAGCCCGGAAGCAGUGCGCUUAACGUGCGGAGCCAUUCCUACGCUCCUGGGUACGAGGCCGUGUACCCGCCGGGUGGGACGUCCCCUGACUAUAGCAGCCCGGACUACGAGGCCCCGCACAGCCCGCCUGUCUGCCUGAAUGGCGGACUGUCCGGAAGACAGCAGGAGCCUUCUGAGGCAGACAGGAACUAUCAUUACUCUAUGCAUUACUCCGGACUGACCACGUCUCGGCCCAGCCACAGCAUACCUUAUGGGCCCUCGGGAGCGCCGCGCAGUGGCGGCGCGCACUCGGAAAACAUUCCACCUUUCCACGACGUGCACUUGCACCAUGACAGGGCGCCGCCGUAUGAGGAUCUCAAUGCUUUUUUCCACAACUGAGCCCUUAC